AGUGCUCCUCUUUUGUGUUUUUGUCUGCGUGAGAGAAGGCGUGCAUGCAGGAGGGCUCACGGGGGGAGAAACAGUUGCCAGGACCUGAAGAUGUCUGUGGAACCUGGAUUUGUCUGCACAGCUUGGGAUGCGUGAGAAGUGCGACCGACGGACCAACUUUUACCUCCAACACUUACUGUAGCUUUGCCUACUUUUCCCAAUACACGCGGCUGGGGUGACCUUUUUCGAUUGUGAAAUUUUAAUACUGUGAAAAACUAAACCCCGCCAGCCGUUCACCCUGCGUGUGUGUGCUUGCUGUGGAUCAUGCUGUCCCUUUGCUUGUUCUUGCUCCAUUGCCUGAGCCUGGUGCCUUUGGCACCGGCUGCGAAGGGCCUGGAGUACCCACAGUAUGACGGGAAAGACCGCGUCCUAGACAUCAAUGACAAGAACUACAAGAAAGCCUUGAAGGAGCACAGCCUGGUAUGCAUGUUCUACCACGGGCCCAUAUCAGAGAGCAAGGAGCUGCAGAAACAACACAAGAUGACUGAGUUGGUUUUGGAGCUUGCCGCUCAGGUUAUGGAGGAGAAGGACAUUGGGUUUGGAAUGGUCGACUCCCACAAGGAUGCGAAAGUGGCAAAGAAACUGGGCCUGGAGGAGGAGGGCAGCAUGUAUGUUUUCAAGGCCGACCGGGUGAUUGAGUUUGACGGCUUGCUCUCGGCAAACACUCUGGUGGAGUUUUUGUUGGAUCUGUUGGAGGAGCCGGUGGAGGUGAUAGACAAUCCUCUGGAGCUGAGAGCCUUUGACAGGAUGGAAGUAGACAUCCGCCUCAUUGGCUUCUUCAAGAACGAGGACUCUGAGCACUAUGAAGCAUUUAAAGAAGCUGCAGAGCAGUUCCAGCCCUACAUCAAGUUCUUUGCCACGUUUGAGAAAUCUGUGGCCAAGGAGCUGACUCUAAAGCUGAAUGAGGUGGAUUUCUAUGAACCCUUCAUGGAGGAGCCCGUCACCAUCCCGGGCAAGCCUCACUCUGAGGAGGAUCUGGUGAAAUUCAUAACUGAACACAAACGACCAACUCUGAGGAAGCUGCGUGCGGAGGAUAUGUUUGAGACCUGGGAGGAUGACAUUGAGGGCAUUCACAUUGUGGCCUUUGCAGAGGAGGAAGACCCUGAUGGUUUUGAGUUCCUGGAGAUCCUGAAGGAAGUUGCAAGAGACAACACCCACCUGCCAGAGCUCAGCAUCGUCUGGAUUGACCCCGAUGAUUUUCCACUGCUGAUCCCCUACUGGGAGAAGACCUUCAAGGUGGACCUGUUCCGACCCCAGAUUGGAGUUGUCAACGUCACAGAUGCUGACAGCGUGUGGCUGGAGAUGGAGGACGAGGAGGACCUGCCCACCGCACAGGAGCUGGAGGACUGGAUCGAAGACGUGCUGUCCGGCAAGGUCAACACUGAGGAUGAUGACGACCACGGUGAUGAAGAGGAGGACGACGAAGACGAGGACGAUGAUGGUGAAGACGAUGAAGAUGAUGGCGAAGACGAUGAAGACGAUGAAGACGACGACGACGAUGAUGAUGAUGAUGAUGAUGAUGAAGAUGAUGAUGAUGAGUAAUCGAGUGAAGGUUGACUUUUCUGUUCUUUCUCUUCAAGUUUUAAAUGGAUCUCAGACGAACAAUUGUACUGCUACAUAACAAUAAAACUAUUUAUAAUAAUAACAAAAAUAAUAAAAGUAUCCAAAAUGUUUCCUGAAAAAAACAUUUUUGGGGGACAAUGUAAAUGGGCUUUUUAUACUGGAUGUAUACUGGACAUUUCUCACAUUACGGACAGAAAUCAUUUAUAGACACAUUUUAAUAAUAAAGGCCUGUUGAUAUCAA